GGGACCCAUCCACCGCCCAUACGCACGCAGUCUUACCGAAACCAAACCCAUCACCGAUCUAUUUUCCUCCAUCUAACCCUAACCCAACUCUCUAACCCUCCUCUCCGCAGCUCAGAAGAACCUAUUCUCCCUUUUCUCUUCCCUCCCAAAUCCUCAACCACAAUACCAUCGAUUACUAACUAAAACCCUCCACUAUCACCUUAUAUCCCACAAUUUAGCAUGUUUAAUUCAGCUCAGAGUUUGGUGGGUGACACCAAAAACCCACUCCUUUUCUCCUCUCUCUUUUGAACCCCUAUGCUUACAGUACUUUGAUUUCAUUAAACUAGGAAAGCAGCAAAGCAAGACCUUCAAAUCCUACUGUUUUUCUCUUUUUUUCUUCCACUAUCUUCCUUUUCUUUUUGAACCAAUACGACCUUUACUCCUUUCUAUUUCAUUCCUUGGUCUCUCUCACUGUUCAGCUUCUGUGUAUGUGAAGAGGUGAGAGGGUUAAUUUUGAUAGAUAAAAAGAGAACAAGAUUGAGAAGACAAGAGAAAAAUGGAUCCAGUAACAGCACAUGGCCAUUCUCUCCCACCUCCUUUCCAUACUAGAGAUCUCCAUCUUCAUCACCAGCAGCAGCAUCAAUUUCACCCUCAACAGCAGAAUUCAGAAGAUGAACAAAGCGGCAGCAGCGGCCUCAACCGAGGGCAGAAGCGAGAUCGAGACGACAACAAUGAGAAUACAAACGGAGGCAGCGAGGGGAAUGAAAUGGUAGGACUCUCUGGGGAUGGAGAGAUCAGUAGAAGACCCCGGGGAAGACCCGCUGGAUCCAAGAACAAGCCCAAGCCUCCGAUCAUCAUUACUCGCGAUAGCGCCAAUGCUUUGCGCACCCAUGUGAUGGAGAUUGCCGACGGGUGCGACAUCGUGGAGAGCGUCGCCACCUUUGCCCGACGUCGUCAGAGAGGGGUUUGCAUUAUGAGUGGAACUGGCACUGUAACGAACGUUACUCUUCGGCAACCGGCCUCACCUGGUGCAAUUGUCACCCUACACGGCCGUUUCGAGAUCUUAUCCUUAUCCGGAUCCUUUUUACCUCCUCCAGCUCCGCCUGCUGCCACGGGGUUGACCAUUUACUUAGCUGGCGGCCAAGGGCAGGUGGUGGGUGGAAGCGUUGUGGGGCAACUACUGGCUUCGGGUCCAGUUGUGAUUAUGGCAGCGUCAUUCAGCAACGCCGCCUAUGAGCGGCUUCCCCUUGAAGAGGAAGACCCUGCUCUACCAAUGCCAGGAGGUUCCCUAGGCUCUCCCGGAGGGGUUGGUCAGCAUCAGCCACCACAGCAGCAACCGCAGCAGCCACAGCAACUUUUAGCAGAUCCAAACGCACCUCUUUUUCAUGGGUUACCACCCAACCUUCUCAACUCCAUCCAAUUACCAGCGGAGGCCUACUGGGCUACAGGCCGCCCUCCAUACUAACACAACUCAAUUCAAGGCCACACCUCUUAAUUUACUUCCCCGCCUCUACUUUUGACUUACCAGGAUGUCCUAGCAAUAUUUGUAGGUACAAGAAUUUGGGUUGUUGAGCAUUUCAGGUUUUUUCUUUUCCAUUUUUUUUCCCUUUCUUUUUAGCUAGCUACUUCUUGUUUUGCAUUUUAUGAUAAGAUUAUAUGCCUGCAUGUUGAUGGAAAAAAUGUGUAAAUUCAUGGAUUGUUCGUGAGUUUGAUUUUA